UGAUUUGUUUAUGUUCAUUCGAAUGUGUAUUGAAUUUGUCAAUUCAACGGGCUCGUUCCCCCUCCCAUUGUGGUGACUUAAAAUGUCAACACAUCUGACAGCUACGAUUUGACAUAAGCAUCAGAAAUACACGUGCAUUGUAUAUCACUCACUUACGAGUGCGGCAUGUUUAUUUUCUAGCCAGUAAACUGUUUUGAAACGUUCAUUUUUCGCUCAAUUUAAAUCAUUUACUUGAUAACUAUAUCAAAAAAAUGUUUCAUCCAAAUGAAAAGGCAUCGAAAAAGCGUAAAAAUUCACUAACAAAUGGUUCAAAUAAUGAGAAUGGCAGUUAUACAGUUGUUCCAGCGACAAAAAAAUUGAAGCUGAAAAAAGAUCUUCAUAAAGUGGCGAAAGUUGAAGAAAUUAAUCAAUUAAAAGCCACCGAAAAAUUAUAUCAUUCGAAUUUUUUCCAUUUGCAAACCGGGGAAUUGCUGAAAGAAACGAAAUUACCGGAAAAACGAGUGGCGUUCAUCGAAAACUUUUUCCAAGGGCUGGUUGAUUACUUGAAGUCAUUACCAUCGGAAGAGAAUGAAACGCCCGUUCACGAGUUGAAAUGGUUGAAGAAAAAUAAAAUAGUGCCACCGAUUAGUGCAGAGAUCCCAUUCGAUGCAGCCCCAAUCAAAUUUCGAUUCGUUUCCCCGUCGUCCGUUUUCCCAGUCGGAUCGUUUCGUUCACAAACGGUGAUCAAUGCAAAUCCAGUUUUAGACGUGUGCAUCGAAAUUCCUGCCGAAUUCUUCUCCAAAGGCAAUCAUCUAAAUGGUAUUUAUCAUCGGAAGAAGGCAUUAUAUUUGAGCUAUUUAGCUUUAAAAUUGAAGAGUUGGGAUCAAGCUGGCGAAUGCAAAUUCUUAUUUGCCAAUGGCAAUCCAUUUCAACCGGUAUUAGUGCUCGAACCAGCCGGUAAACAUGGAAAACACAUUAGAUUCUAUUUGCGAGCCACAUGCGGUGAGGAAAGUUUCAAAAUCGAACGGUUGUCACCGGAAAAAUCAAAUGUUAAGCAAUUGACCGAACAAACGGAUUCGAAGAAACCAUCGACUGAAGUCAUUAAAAACGCAGAGCACUCGGCGACACCGUUCUACAAUAGCACGAUUCUAGGUGAUUUGAACACCAAAUUUAAUGACGAAUACCUGUGUAACACACUUGGCAGCAAUCCGCACGUUAGAGAUGCAAUUGUUUUAUUAAAAAUUUGGCUGAAACAACGUGAAUAUAAUGUUGGUGAAGGUGGUUUCAAUGGAUUCAUUCUAUCGAUGUUCGUUGCAUAUUUGAUACAAAAGAACCUGAUCACACCUUCCAUGAACAGUUACCAAAUAAUCCGACAAGUUUGGAUUCAUUUAGCAAAUACAUCAUGGGACGAAAUGAAUAAAAGUAUUUCCAUCUACGAAUCAAAGUUCCGUACAACUCAACCAGAGCCAGAGAUAUUCCAUCAAUAUUUUGAUGUUGUUUUCAUUGACUCAACCGGUUACUACAAUAUUUGCGCCAAUCUUUCGUUGGAUGUGUACCGUCGUGUUCGAUACGAGAGUUCAGUGGCAUUGAAACUAUUGAAUAACGAGCAUGUUAAUAGUUUUCGAUUUUUGUUUGCAACCAAACUGCUUAAACUCUACACACAAGCUGACCACAUCAUUCGAUUCGAUGCUAGCAAAGUUCUGAAAAAAUCCCAACAAUCCGAAGCAAUUUUCAAUUUUUGUGGCUAUUGGCAUCCAUACGCAGAAAAGUUAGUGCUAUCGGUUUUGAGAAAGGGCCUUGAUAAGCGACUCCAUGCAAUUUUGCCUAUAACCGAAGUACACGAAGGCAAUUUGAAACCAUGGAAUAUAAAUGAAAAGCAUACACCAAAUGGGAAGCUGCUUAAAAUUGGUCUAGUCUUGAAUCCAGAAUAUGCGCUUGAUAUUCUCGACAAAGGACCACAAUCAAAUCUACCGGAAGCCGAAGAAUACAGACAAUUCUGGGGCUCAAAAUCGGAAUUGAGACGAUUCCAAGAUGGAUCCAUUUCGGAAGCUUGUGUUUGGGGUUCAUUGACAUCGUCAUUAGUUGAGAAGAGAUUGAUUUGCAAACAAAUUGUCGAGCAUUUAUUGAACCAUCAUUUCGGUAUUGAACUAUCGGAAAUCCAUUACACAGCCAAUCAAAUGGAUUCCGCAUUUGCGGUGAAUGAAUGCUUCAAAGAAUUUUUGGACGGCGAUAAUAACGCAGAGAAUAUGGCGAUUCAAGUUAUUAAAACAUUCGAUGAACUUAAUAAAAACUUGAGAUCUCUGGAUGAGUUGCCGUUGGUAAUUACAUCGGUUUUGGGACAAUCACCAGUAUUCCGGUACUGUGAACUUCGGCCAGUUAUCGCAAACGCAAGAUUAUUUUCCAAAGAUGAUAAGGAGACAUUCAAUGCUGCAAUCAUUAAUGAAGGAGUUAUUCAAUUUGAAACAUCUGGAAAGUGGCCAACUGAGUUGGGAGCGCUGCAACAUGUCAAGGCUGCUUUUUUUCUUCAAAUUUCACGUGGUUUGCGAAAGAAAUUCCGUCUACGAACCAAGGUCAAUGUAGAUUCUAUCGACAUAAUCAAAGAUGGAUAUAUGUUUCGAUACAAAAUAGCUAUUCCACGUGAAAUAGCAUUGCACAUGAAAGAAGUGUCAUCGAAAGGUGUUACUAAAUACAGGGCCACACCACAGAGCUUGAAAAUGGAACGUGAAUUGAUUUUAACUCCGAAAAUAAAUGUGUCAUUGCAUACGCUUUAUCAUCAGCAUUCAUCAUUUGGACCGACGGUGCUUCUGGCAAAACGAUGGCUGUACUCACAAUUAAUCGAUCCAUUCCUGUUCGGUGAUGACAUUUGCACCGAAUUGCUCGUUGCACACCAAUACUACAACACGAUUGCAUCCGAAGCACCGACGCAACCGCAGGCCGCAUUCAUUCGCUUUUUGCACAUGCUGGCGCAUACAAAUUGGAACACAGAGUUGAUUCUAUUGAAUUUCAACAAUGACCUCAGCCGUGAAUAUACCGACAAGUUGGAGAUGGAAUUCAUUUCAACGCGUAGUGCAUUUCCACCUUUGUGCAUCAUCACAUCAACGGGUGAAGUUGAUAAACAUACAAUUUGGUCGAAGAAAACGCCAAGUGUUGAAAUUUUAGCUCGAAUCACCUUACUGGCACGUCAUGCCACGAAACUCGUUCAAAAAAGCAUUUUCAAGGAUUUUAUCGCUGAUCCAUUAUUUACGGCAUCGAUCGAAGGAUACAAUUUAAUUAUCAACCUCAACAAAAGGCACUUGAGAGACAAUCUUGUCCAUGAAUUCUCUAAUGAUAACAAGAAAUCAGUGCGUCAACGCAAACCAUUCAUACCGAUGUCAGAUUACAAUCCGGUGGAAUCCUACUUGAAUGAAUUGCGUACUGGUUACGGUCAUGUAGCUAUGUUCUUCUACAAUCCGUGCGGUGGACAACAAAUCGCCGUUUUAUGGAAGCCAAACACAUUUACAAAACAAGAGUUCAAAAUAACUGCUGCUAUGGGUCAAGUGGCAACCGCUGACGGUCAAUUGGAAUUCAAUCACGAACAACUGAAAAAUGAUUUUUUGAUUUUAGGACAAGGUCUUGUCGAAAACAUAACUGAUGCCAACUCAUCGUAAUAGACUUCAUUAUAUUUUUUUAUGUUAAAAAAUAUUUUAUUCGAAAUAAAGUUGUAAAAGACAUGAAAUAAAAAA